CCGCCUCCGCGGCGCCCGCCCGCCCGCUCCCUCGCCGGCCGCCGCCAUCGCCGUCAUGCUGGUCGCCGCUCUCCGCCGCUGCGCCGCCGCCGCCGCCCGGGCCGGGCCCCUCGGCCCCCGGAUCCGCACCCCGGGCCCCGCGGCCGCCGCCCCCGCCCCCGCCGUGACCCAGCCUGUCCGCGGCUCCCACGGCGGCUCCCACGAGACAGACGAGGAGUUCGACGCUCGCUGGGUGAUGUACUUCAACAAGCCAGACAUCGAUGCCUGGGAACUGCGUAAAGGAAUGAACACGCUUGUCAGCUACGAUCUGGUCCCUGAGCCCAAAAUCAUCGAUGCUGCGCUGCGGGCCUGCAGACGACUGAAUGACUUCGCUAGUGCCGUCCGGAUCCUUGAGGUCGUGAAGGACAAAGCAGGACCUCACAAGGAAAUCUACCCCUAUGUCAUCCAGGAACUUAGACCAACCUUAAAUGAACUGGGAAUCUCCACUCCUGAGGAACUGGGCCUAGACAAAGUGUAGACCCCCAGGUGGGCUCCCCAGGGAUUUCUCUGUUGCUACUUGACUGUAAACAAUUGUCUGGAAAUGUUGAGCAUGACAUGACCUUAUUUGAGAAGUUUUCCUUUAUUGAAUUCCAGACCAUGUCAUGGUAACUAGGACAUCAAUAAAAGGGAAAUGAGUAAACUGAAAA